AGUGGAGGCGGCGGCUGCCCCAUGGAGUGUUACUACUUUGUCAUCAGCUCCGCGCACCUCAGCAAUGGGCACUUUCGCAACAUCAAGGGAGUUUUCCGAGGGCCCCUCAGCAAGAACGGGAACAAAACUCUGGAUUAUGCUGAAAAGGAGAACACAAUAGCAAAAGCUUUAGAAGACCUUAAGGCCAACUUCUAUUGUGAACUCUGUGACAAACAAUACUACAAACAUCAAGAGUUUGACAAUCACAUUAACUCAUAUGACCAUGCUCACAAACAGAGACUCAAGGAACUGAAACAGAGGGAGUUUGCUCGAAAUGUAGCUUCCAAGUCCAGAAAAGAUGAAAGGAAACAGGAAAAGGCUCUCCAACGUUUGCACAAGUUAGCUGAACUGAGAAAAGAGGCAGCAUGUGCUCCCGGGAGUGGCCCUAUGUUCAAGUCCACUACAGUUACCGUGAAAGAUAAUUUCCAUGAAAUCCCACAAAGUACUAUCAUAGACUCUUCUAACAAACAACAAAAUUUCAAUUGCACAUUAGUGCACAACACACAGAAUACUAAAGAGGUUACUUCUAGUGCUUUUUCUGCUUCUGAAACUGCAACUAAUAACAAAUCUGACAGUAACAAACUUGGGGAUCAAGUACAAGGAGCCCAGGGGCAUAAAAUAGGAUUCUCCUUUGCUUUUCCUAAGAAAGCAUCAGUGAAAUUGGAGUCCUCAGCUGCAGUUUUCUAUGAAUAUAAUGAUGAAACAUCUCAUGAACAUGGAUUUAGCAGAAGAAGUAGAUUUGUUCCAGGAACUUGUAAUCUUCAGUCUCCAUCAGCAACAGAAAUAGUUUUGUGCUCUGAGGAGAAACAUAACUACAUUCCCUCACAGAUAGAAAAAUGUACUAACACAGCAGAAGCUUCCAAUGUUCAAGAACCAAAAGAACUAUCCAGUAAAGAGAAUAUAAUACUAGAGAACACAGUAUUAAUAUUCUCAUUUGAACAACCAAUGUCUGAUGAUUUGGAUGAUUAUUGUGUUGAUAUCAAUUCAAGAGCAUUACCAGAUCAAUUAUUGUCCACAGUUGCUGCUAGUAAUCAGACACUAUGUGUAGAAAAUAAUAGUUCUGAGCUUUUGGGAAAGAAAUCCACAGCUUUUGAUAUCAGUGAUGGUUGCUUAUCUUUACAAAAUAUAACAGAGGAAAAUAAUCAAUACAUUCCUAGUGAUUCAUCCACACCUGAAGCAGAAAUUAAAAAACCUGGGUGUGAAACAUCAUCAAAUUCUGAAGGGGAGAUUACAGCCUCACAGAACAAACAAGAGACACACAAAAGACCUUGUGAACCAUUUGUUCCUGUUCUGAGCAAACAUGGAUCAUCCAUUCUUCAGUGGCCAUCUGAAAUGUUAAUUUAUACAUGUACUGAACCAUCUAUUUCAUAUAGCUGUAAUCCCUUAUGUUUUGAUUUCAAGUCAUCAAGAGCAAAUAACAGCAUGGAGAAAACUAAACAUCAGCCAAACAUUCCUCAUUCUCAUCACACAACUGAUUCCAACCAGAGUAUUGUUUUAGAUGACCCGGAUAGUUCUAUUUCAGAAUGUGCUGAUUACAAAACAGAGAGUAAUAAAAAUAUGUGUGACCAAACAACAUUACUUAUAAGAGAUGUUCCGUUAGCUAAAAGCUGUAAACCUGCAACAAAUCAAGGUAAAAUGUGCUUGGAUGCCUCUUUCAGGAUUGGGAAAACAGAAAAAUACCACAUUUCCAAAAACCAUUUACAACAGGACACCAUGAUAGAUGAUAAACACAACAAAGUAUGGAACAAAGAAACUCACAAAAGAUGGUUUCACAAAAAUAGAAAAAGAAGAAGAAGGAGAAAACUGUGUCCUCACUAUUAUGAGCAAACAGCAAAGGCAGAAGCUGAAGCAUCUUCAACAGUUGAACAGGAAAUUAAAUAUGUCAAUGAAGAUAAGCCUGAGCACCUUCAGAACACUUCAGAGAAGUGCAGAGAUGAAACUGGAAGCAUAUGGUUAGCUGCAGAGCAGUUGCAUCAAGCAUGUAAAAAACUUGGCAUUGAAAACAGUGAUCGCAAAAGAACCAUGUUCACAGAAACACACAUACAGGGAGACAAAGACCCAUGUGAUACUUGGAAUACAAAAAAUAGGAAUGACCAUUGCACUGAUGCUGAACCUCAGCACAGAAAGUACAAAACAAACUCUCAUAGACAGUCAAAACAACGGACUUUGAAUUCUGGAAGACAUAACUUAAUGUGUUCUAGAACUUUAUGUAGCUCUAAGGUCAGAAGAUCUAACUGUAGCCCAGAUCAUCAAUGUUUGGAAAAAUAUACAAGUCAAAGCCAGUCCAUAAAGAGAGCCUACAACUUUCUGACUGAUGAACCUGAAAGGUCUCAUCGAAAACGAAGACAACAUACGUAUUCUUGUUCAUCAGAUGAAAGUACAUGUAGACAGGCAUUUUUAUCAGAAGAGUAUCUCAGGCAAACAAGUAAUUUAGCAGUACAUUGUAAGCCUAAAAGGAAAAGAAGGAAAAAAAGACCUAGAAUCCAGCACCUAUUUGUCAAUAAAGAAUCAAUAAAUGAAACCCAUAAUUCUACAUUAAAUAUUUUGGGGGAAUUGUUAACACAAGAAAAUAUACAGCAAACAAAAGCUCAAUCCACAGAAGCUUACACAAAAAAUGUGGAACAAACAACAGAGCUGGUAGAAGAAAAGUUGACUUUACAAUCUGAUUGUUUACUUUUAUCAGACAAUAACAAGCCAACGGAGUGUUCAGCUCUGGAGAGCUCUCCAAAUACAUAUUUGGAGGACCUCACGCAUCCUGUUGCUUUUGUGAUUGAACAUGGUGCUGUGACAACUGCCACACCAGAGAACACAUUAGAAAAAGAAAAGAAAUAUGAAAAUGUAAGGGGUCCUGAAAGUCAAGCUGCUUAUAAAGUGCCCAGUAUAGAUAGAAAUGUGGAACAAAUUCCUCAUAAAUCAUAUCUGUGCCACUAUGAAGUAGCAGAGACCAUACCACAAGAAAAAAUAAAUGAGACAACCACUGAAUGGCUGCAGCUUAAUUCAGGCACAUUUAACAGCCCUCCACCUUUGUCAUUCAAAGAAGCACAUAUAAAUAGUCAUACCUUUUUAACCACUGAACAGAUACUUGCCCCAUUUACAUUGCCUGAUCAGACUUUAAUAUUUCCCCCAGAAAACCAUGGAAAAUUCAAAGACUUGCCAUGUGAGGCCUAUCAGCAGCUCAUGCAGCAAAACAUGUUGGCUAACAAGGUGAAGUUUGCCUUUCCUCCCACUGCAUUCCAACCUUCUAAUUCUCCUCUGCAGCCUUUGCCCUUGCAACAGCCAUUAUGUUCUACCUCUGUAACCACAAUCCAUCACACUGUUUUACAGCAGCAUGCUGCUGCUGCUGCUGCUGCUGCUGCAAGUACAUUUAAGGUUCUACAGCAUCCCCAACAGUUUCUUUCACAGGUCCCAACCCUUUCAAGAACACCUUUACCUCAUCUCGCAGUAGGACCUAGACUCUGUCCAGGAACCCAUACAACUUUUGUUGCUCCACCACAGUUGCCGCUAAUUCCAACUUCUGUCUUUCAUCCGAGUCACCUGGCUUUCUCUCCUUUACCCCAUGCACUGUUUCCUUCGCUGCUUUCACCACACCCAGCUGUCAUUCCAUUGCAGCCCCUCUUCUAGGUCACGUUUUUCUACAAUCAAAAAGGUAAGAGCUAUCUCCAAAUGAACAUACUGCUAUAUGUAAUCACUCAUCAAAUCUGACAAAUGGUUCUUUAAGUGACUGGAAUAAACUGGUUAAAAUGCCUCAUUGUUUUGGAAUCAUUUACUAUAAGUGUAACAAUGCAAAUAUGUAUGUAAAGUUCAGCUCCAUAAUAUAACUAAAGCACUGAAUAAUCUGAUACUAAUAUGAACUAUAUAUAAAUAUAUAUACAUAUAUAGACAAGAAAAUCAUGUCUUAGAAUAUGCAUAAUGUAUAUAAAAUAUAUUUAUAGUAUUGUAAUUUAUGUUGUAAAGUAUGCUCCUUUUAGUUUUUUUUUAAUCUUUGUGAACUUGCACCUAUUUAAUGUUUAGACAAAGCUGAUGCACUGUUUUGUACUAUGUUUCUUGAAACUGUAAAUCUAGUGACAACUAUCUCUUGCAAUAAAUUUUUGUUAACUAUUUAAGUAUAUAAAAAUCAUUCAUUUUAAGCCUCACAGACGAUGGGUUUCAGCACUUGAAUAAAAUAGUCUGCUCCUGCUAUGUUUGGAUAAUCAGGUUUUCUAUCAUUUAGUGAUUUAUCACCAGGCUCAGAGGCUAAUGCCUUAAGGGUAACUGUGUUACCGAGCAAGGACAAAGGGUAAUAGAUCUGUUUGUGUUAGCAGUUUGAUGUCGCUGAGACAAAUUUUGUCCACUUGUAGUAUGCACACAACUCUUUUCUAUUAAACUAAAAGUGACUCUUUUAAAGUAACAUAAAUUACACGGGGGGAGGGGAAGCAAGGACAUUCAGCGUAACUGUAAAUCAUAUCUGCAUUUAGCUUAUUAAACAUAAAUAGAACCACUUUUCCUGCCAGCUGACAUCAACAUUUGCACAAAUACAUGACUGAACCCACCAACACUGAUUUGCCAUUUUGCUCCUGCAAAGCCCACAUUUCUACAUGGAAAUAGAACAGCAAGUCAUUCAGUGGCAGCAUGCACACACAUACCAUGUGGUUUGUGCAUACAUGCUCCUUUUGCCAGUGCAAUUCAUUUUAUGGCUACAAACAGGCACAUUUAAAUGGCUAACUGUUCAGAAAAUGUAGCCAAAUAAUUGCAUUGUUCCCUUGGACACAUACUAUCAUGAGAAACAAAUAAGUCUAUCAGAGGGAAUAAUGUUUCCUCUUAUGUAUCAUCUCAUUCUGUAGGUGGCAAUGGCAAGGAUAUUUGGGCAUAUGUGAACUGAGGAAAAUUACAAAUUUGACAAGGAAUUUCCAAUCUUAUAAGGGCUUGAAUCAAACUCUUAUACGAUCACAU